UGAAAUUAAAUUAUAAUGACAAGUCCUAGACGUAUAAAAAAGAGUGGUCAGUGCAUAGCAACACAAGUGGAUUGGGAUUCACCUUCAACUGAAACAGGAACAGUUAAACGAAGAUCUUCUUGUCCCGAAAAUACAACUAAAUAUUCUGUUGCAACACAAAAUUCUAUUGAAGAAGUGGUUACACCAUCAGAUUCCGAAGCUGGUGCUACAAGAAGUUUAAAUGAAGAGACUACAAAUCCCCUAUUAGAUAUAGAACAAAGAAUAUCAUGUAUUAUAAAUGAGAAUCGAAGUUCACAGAGCAAUUCCGAAAGUGAUGUUGAAGCUAUAAUAAAUACAAUUUUUGAAGAAUCAAAGGAAGAAAGUUCAAUUGAAAGUCAAUAUGCUGUUGUUAAACGCGACCGAGGUAAAACUUUUAUUAAAUCAAGCGAAACAAAAUCCAAAUUUAUACAUAAUUUGAAACAGGCAUCAUGUAAUAUAACUUUGGAACACAAUCAUAAAGCAAAGCCUUUACAAAAAUUAAACAAAUCUUUAGAUAAAGCAAAAAAUUCUAUGAUAUCCAAAGACACAAUAAAAAUUGAAAGUAAGUCAAGUGUUCUACCAGUGUAUAAAAGUAAAAUUAUUGAUCAAUCUAUAGCUUUUAAUGAAGAUAAACAAAGGAAAAAGGUAAUUUCAAAACUAAAGUUGCCUUUUUCACCUUCCCGAGUAAUGGAAAGACCGAAGCCAAACUUUUUACAAGAUAAAACACAAGCGAAAGAUGCUAAACCUCAAUCAUUAUUAGCCAGUCCUGUUAGAAGAACAAUAUCAAACGAAUAUGUACGUUUGAAAUUUACUAAUGACACUGUUGUCCGUCGAACUAUCGAUGGAAAAUCCAUACCAAAAAUAACGCCCAAAAUUCAAUCCAUAAUUCCUGAAAGCCCAGUAGAUAGCGAAGAUCCAUUCCUCAAUUUAAGCCCAAAUAAAAAAUAUACAGUUACCGUGAACAAUAAAGUGAGAUGUGACAAAGAUAAUUAUGUUAUAUUUGAUCCUAAGACGGGUUUUAGUACGGAUCGAACUAAAUCACGUAUACCCAGUGGAAAGACAACAGAAAAGUCUAAAAUUCCACUAAAACCACCAAGUGAUAGAUCAAUAAGUGAACCCAAAGUAAGUGCAAGUGAUUCGGACAGUGGUAUAUUGUCGCCAAACUCUCCUGGUGAUGGCAAGCAAUACUAUGUUAAUGCUGCUGUCUUUAGUGAAAGUGCCAAGAACCGUGCAGCAGAUUUGGAUAUCAGAAUCGUCGACCCAGAUGUGGCUAAAAAGGCAACAGAACAAAUUAAGAUAUACACGGACUGGGCGAAUCAUUACCUGGAGAGGGCGCGGUCCCGAAAGCGCGUGGGUACAUCCGGCGGCGGGUUAGCCCGGGACUGCGCCGACGGGUUGCUACUAGCUGACGUCUUAGAGGGUGUCACUGGACAAAAGGUACCACGAGCCCAUAGGAAACCACGAAGCCCACAACAAAUGUUGGAGAACGUGCAGUGCUGUUUGGACUUCCUCCAUGCCCAAAAAGUACAAGGAUUAGAACAAGUUACCGCUGUAGAUAUAAGGGAUGCUAAGCUAAAGGCAGUCUUAGCACUAUUUUUCGCACUAAGCAGACAUAAGCAAGCUUCAAAGCAAAGAAUAGCGCCACCUAGCGGCCAUGUACCGAACUCUCCUAAGAACUCCACUGAAGAUGUUGCAAUAAGUUCCGUCCAGCGCAUAACAGGUGGCAGCAGUGGGGAUGAUAUCUUGACUGUUUGCGGAAAUAACAUCGAUAUGACAACAUUAACAGCAAAUCGGCAAGUCUCAGUGCUGCAGACAUCCAUCCCCCUACCUGCGUCUGCGGCGGCCGUGCGACGUGCCCCGCCGGACAAAAGACCGUUGCCCGCCACGCCUGUUCACGGUGGAAAAAGUGGUUUAUCUGCAAGCUCGAGCCGUUCAACCAGUCCGUUGGGACAAGGAGCUGCUAGUUUCAUACCUCGGGCACCGGCUUCAUCAUCAGGGUCAAGACCAAACUCGUCUUUGCUAGCGCCUAGCAGUAAGAUUCCAUCAACCUUAUCAACACCGCCGCAAUAUUCACAAAAUGUAUCCAGCCACAAUGGAACUCCGACGAAGCAAUCCAUGCUUGAUAAAUUAAAACUAUUCAAUAAGGAUAAAGUCAGCAACGAAAAGCCGACAAGUAAAAGUACUACUGUAUCAAAACGAACCAGUUCCUCAAGUGGCUUUUCAUCCGCGAAGAGUGAAAGAUCUGAUUCUAGUCUCAGUUUGAACGAGUCUUCCAAUAUCCCAAAUACACAUAUCAAAUCUAAUAUAGUUGGCCCGAAAAAUCUUAGACUUCAGAAUGAUACCUUAAUGAAAGACAAAACAGGUAAAAAUGUAAAAUCUAAAUUACUAGGAUCGAAAGCUACGAAAGAAACUUCAAUGAAUUUAAAUAAAUUAAACGUUAAAUCAAAUAAUGAACGAUCAAAAAAUAGUCCAAAAUUAUCAACGCGUGAUAAAGAUUCUAAAUUAGCAACGCCAAAAUCUGUUAGCAAUACAAAGUUAAAUUUAAUAGAUGACAAUUCUAGAAAUAAGUCCAAGUUAGAAUCAAAAAUGGUCAAAUUAUCCGGUAGUCAAGCAAAAUUAUGUGAAAGUAGAGGAGAUAAUAGCACAGAUAGCAAAAUAUCGGAAAGCAAUUCAAAUAAUACAAAAAAUCAAAGUCAAAUUCAAUCGCCAUCACCAACAGGAGGACAAAAUAUAUCAUUACCGAAUCACACUGGAAUUCCAAAGCCAACGGCUGCUGUUAAAGGAACAACUAAGAUAUCACGAGAUGAAAGACAUUUACAAAAAAGUUCUAAUAGUCAACUGAGCCCUAUUCAAAGUAAUUCUAGUUUAAACUCCACAAAUAAUCUAAGUGUUCCACCAUACUCAAGAGAACAAUCAAACGUAAAUAAAGAAUCAAAUCAAAAACAAACAUUAGCUGUUUCGCCAAUGCCAGUAGCAAACAAUACUCAACUUCAUCAGAAUCCGAUAUCACAGAUGUCUGAAAGCUCACAUUCCAAUUCUACUCAUAGUACUACAGGUCAGCAAUCUAAUUCUAGUGAUGGUAGUGUUAUAUACAGGCCUUCUAGUGAAUCGGGAUCAGAAAUUUCAAAAAGCAAUGUUAGUUCGAAUAGAAAAAUAGAUAUGAACGCUACGUAUAUUAAUGACGUAAUAAAUGAAGCAGAACAUUCAGAGAAAGAAGCAGCUCAGAAGAGAAAUUUAAACAGCCCCGGAAUCAAGCAAAUAUUUGACCAUAACAGAACCCUAACUGAAGAGAGACAUGACAGCCGUUCUAGUACACCGACACAUUGUAGAGAUAAUUCGUUAGGUGAAGAUGACAACCCUUUAAUGAAUGUUCUGCCAAUGCGGCCCUUACUAAGAGGUUAUAACAGUCAUCUUACUUUACCAAUCCGAACUUCAAGCUUAGCCCAAAAGAAUUUAACUGCGUAUCCACAUCACGCUAAUACUGUCAAACCCAAUUUUGGUCGAGAUAAUAGCUUUCGUGAACGGUUAAAUUUCAAUGCAGGUUUUUCGAAUCCAGAUUACUGUGAUCUAGAAAUUGCAUCAGGUUAUAUGUCAGAUGGAGAUUGCUUGAGGAGAAUUAACAUGAACGAAGUAGACAAUGGCCGUAGCAACGACAUUAUGGAUGGUUACAUGUCCGAGGGCGGUGCAUCACUCUAUGGUCGUCGUAUGAACUACCAGCAACAAUCACAGUUCCAACAAAUUGAUGAAAGACGUGGAGCACGUAGAAAUAUGGAAGGUGGGAGUGGAGUUGUGUACCGUGUAGUAGGACGAACUCGAAAGACGGAUUGUGGGCAGCAGACGGAGAGACAGCCGCCUAGGCAAGACACAACUUGGAAGAAGUACACCGACUCCCCUGGUGUUGGGGCUCCACCAAUGAGCCAGCCACCGGCUCCUCCGAGUCCAUCUCAUAGUCGAAAGAGUGAGCGUCGUGCGGGUCACCACUCGCCACAACACAAACGAGAGAAACUCACUGCGGCACAGCAACUCGGCAUCGCGCCACACCCUCAGUAUGCUGCCACUAAUUCUCCAAAUCAGCAUGGAUCAAGACAAGGAGGCAGUGCACAGCUUCAAUCCCCAAGUGGAGGCUCUCGACCAUCCAGUGUGUCAAGCGGUAAUGGGAGUAGCUCAUCAAGCAAGGCCAAAGGGCCACAGAACUUCGGCUACGCUAAACGACAGAAUGGCACCCAACAACCGCCUCCAUUACCGGCGAAUGGACCACCACAGCAUGCACACAGCGGCAGGACGGCACAAGUGACUGCUGUGCCUAGAACGAAAGUAAAAGUAUCCGGAGGGACUCAAACCUGUACCCAAGAUCUACAGAUACACAAAAACGGUAUAGGACCAAAAUCCUAUUCGCUUCAAGGAAGUUCAGCCGCUCAACUCUCUGCUUCUGUAAGAGAGCGACUACUUGGAUCUCAGUCCUUACCAAAGCCGGGAACUCAUGAAUUCGCAGCACUUUUCCAUCAUCACAGAGUACCUCCAAGAGGCGGUAUGAAGAUCAGCGACGGAAGUUUAUCAGACACUCAGACUUACUCCGAAGUGAAGUCCGAUUACGGAAUCCCCUACGCACCAUGGCUCAGACAUAGCAAUACAUAUUCGGCGACCGGACGUCUUUCUGAAGGAGAGUCUAUGGAGUCUCUGACGUCACUCCAUUCAGCGCAGCACACUACCCCUAACUCACACCACCGCAGCUCACUCACACACAAUAAGCUCAUCAUGCAUCGAGACGCACAAACUUCGAGGCUUAACCGAAGCAACAGUAUUAGCUACCUCAGAGAUAGGACAUUCCCAAGAUCGACGAAAUCGGAAAAGCUGUAUCCGUCGAUGCUUCAAAGGUCUUCUGAGAGUGAUUAUGAACCUUAUUACUGCCUGCCUGUUCAAUAUGGGCCAGGUGGACAAGGUCUAAAUUACGGGGUAUCAGAACCGCCAUCACCAUCACCGAGAUCGGCUCUCAGUCCUACGCACCAACCCGCCAGUGUCAUGCAUACUCCACGACAUUCACACCAUUAUCCCAAGAAAAACGAUGAAGUACACGGAUCCACUGCUUCCCUUGUAUCAACCGCAUCAUCUCUUGCGGCGGGCGCCGGCGCCGAGGAAAGACACGCCCACGAGGUAAAUACGCCUGUUCGGAAGUUGAGAAGAGAGCUAGCGGACGCCAAAGAAAAAGUUCACACACUCACGACGCAACUCACAACUAAUGCGCACGUGGUGUCCGCUUUCGAACAGAGCCUCUCCAACAUGACCCAGCGGUUACAGCAGCUGACGGCCACCGCCGAGAGAAAGGACUCGGAGCUAACGGACCUUCGGCAAACCAUCGAGUUACUUCGAAAGCAGUCCAUACAAGCUGGUUUGACAACGGCUCACAUGCAGUCUAUGGGUAUCCGGGCUGAUGGUGUCAAUGUUACUGGACAGGAACUACCACAGCCUUCGAACCAGCAGUCAUCUCCGCAAAGGUUAGCACAAACUGGUAACGGUGCGAUCACAAGACAUCUCUCCACCGAUAGCGUCUCCAGUAUUAACAGCUUAAGUAGUGGAUCCUCUGUACCUCAUGAUAAGAAGCAUAAAAAGAAAGGCUGGUUACGGUCAUCGUUUACGAAAGCGUUCUCACGAAAUGCAAAGAUUUCAAAAACGGCGAAGCAUGCGUCCCUCGGGCAAUUGUCAUCACAAGACAGUUCGUCUGGGUCACAUCACUAUGACGACCCGCACACAAUUAGAGAAGGAAGUAAUGAGAACAGCUUAGAGCAUUCCCACGAAAUACUCGACAAUUCGAAAGACAAGACAACAUGCCCCGCGGCCAAACCUGAUGAACAAACCAAAGAAAAGCAAGACCAAGCUUUAGUAGACGAAUUAAAAAGACAAUUACGAGAAAAAGACUUAGUUCUAACAGAUAUACGAUUAGAAGCGCUUACUUCAGCUCAUCAAUUAGAAAGUCUCAAAGACACGGUUAUUAAAAUGAGGAACGAAAUGUUGAACUUGAAACAAAACAAUGAGCGGCUUCAAAGGCUAGUGACGUCAAGAUCAUUGGCAGGCAGUCAGAGUUCUUUAGGAACAGGUGGUUCCGCUGUGGAAGACCCACGAAGGUUCAGUCUUGCUGAUCAAGCCACAAUGCAUCAGGCAACAAUCGACAUGCACUCGCAACCUUUAGAUUUGGAUUUCAACUGUGUAACGUCUACUCCAUCGAGAGAUAAAAAAGGUUCACCAAAAUCAAACAUGGAACCAAUUUAUGGAAAUAAUGUAACGUGUGAACUUAAUGAAAACAACGAGGCAAUUCUGGGCGCUCUCAAUGGCUCUAGUGAUAUAUUCACUAAUGGGCUUAACGCCGGUGACAGAAUGAGUGGAGAUUACGAUAUCAACAGUGUCCUUCCCCCGCCUAAAACACGAGAACUUGCCAUCGGGGAAAGCUAUUCGGAUAUCGGCGUUGCAGACAGCCAAGGAGAUACGACUGACGGGAAGAAAAUAGCAAUAGCGGUAUAUUUAGGCCAACCGGAAACAUUCCAGAGAUAUUUCGAAGAAGUCCAAGAUACGCUCACUGAAUCAGAGUGCAGAUUCUACGCGAAACAAUCCACCAGCGCGUACAGUAAUCAUUAUGAGAAACAGUCAAGUUUUGACUCACCGCGGAUGUCACAAAAUCAUAGUCCCGAAAUAGAAACACAAGACUACCCCCAAACUAUAAAUAAGUCAAACACUAAUAGCCUUAAGAGUAACAAAUCGACACAUAGUAAUUCCUAUAAGCACGUAUAUAAUAAUGAUUCGACAAUAAAUUGUAAUGAAUUUACAAUAGCCUUCACCUAUAUUUCGGGAAAGACUACGUGGCAGAACUUAGAUUAUAUAGUGAGAAAAACGUUCAAGGAUUAUCUAUCGAGGAUUGACCCGGGUACCAAUCUUGGUCUCAAUACGGACUCAAUAACAUCGUAUCACUUGGGAGAAGCGACGCGAGGCCCUGAAAUUGGUUUUCCUGAAUUACUCCCAUGCGGUUACAUCAUUGGAACUGUGAAUACAUUGUACAUAUGCCUCCAAGGUGUUGGAAGUUUAGCCUUUGAUAGCCUUAUACCAAAAAAUAUUGUAUAUAGAUACGUUUCUCUAUUGUCGGAACACCGGCGCGUGAUUCUGUGCGGGCCGAGCGGCACUGGCAAAUCAUAUUUAGCAGCAAAAUUGGCAGAAUUUUACGUGCAACGCACGCAGCGGCGAGGAAAUCCGGCUGAAGCGGUAGCGACUUUCAACGUGGAUCGUAAGUCCUGCAACGAGUUGCGAGCGUACUUGGCGAACAUAGCGGAGCAAUGUGGCGCGGCAGUUGGCGCUGACGAAGCAGCAUUGCCAUCUGUAGUUGUAUUAGACAAUUUACAACACGCCUCUGCACUUGGUGACGCUUUCGCGGGAUUACUGCCACCUGACAAUCGGAACAUGCCUGUUAUUAUUGGCACUAUGUCGCAAGCCACUUGCAAUACUACGAACCUGCAGCUCCAUCACAACUUCCGGUGGCUUCUAACGGCUAACCACAUGGAGCCAGUCAAAGGAUUCCUAGCUAGGUACCUACGUCGAAAGCUGUUUUCUCUGGAAUUACGGCUAGGUAGGCGAGAGCCAGCGCUAGCUGCCGUUUUAGAAUGGUUGCCCGGUGUCUGGUCGACCCUUAAUGCGUUUUUGGAAGCCCACUCAUCCAGUGACGUCACAGUAGGGCCAAGGCUAUUCCUAGCUUGCCCUAUGGACUUGGAAGCUAGUCAGGCAUGGUUCGCGGAUGUAUGGAACUACAGUAUAGUUCCAUACGCGUCAGAGGCGGUGCGUGAAGGCGUAGCGCUUUACGGUAGAAGACGACACGCGGCGAUUGACCCUCUGCAACACGUUAAGUCUUCCUACCCAUGGAGAGAACCUAAUCAUUCUCAUACUCUACGGCCGAUAACAGUUGAAGACAUGAACAUCGAAGAGGGCAGCCAAGAAGCCGUGAACCCUAACCAAGAUCCUCUGUUAAACAUGUUGAUGCGACUUCAAGAGGCAGCUAACUACAGCGGAAACCAAAGUCAAGACUCAGACAAUGCGAGUAUGGACUCGAAUCUCACACACGACAGCUCUAUGGGCAACGAGCUUUAAAAUAUACUAAAUAGUUAAGUUUAUACUCGUGGGUUUUUGGUCCAUCGACCGAAAACACACUCGAGACUAUACAGUAUUGUUGAAUAAUGUAAUUAAUUUUGCUAUAACGCGUAUUUAUUAUACAACACAAGCACAAUAAUCUAUUUAUAUUUAAUCUAUGAUUUAACUAACUACAGUCAAAAUCUGUUAUAACGACAGAUUACGUUGUUAUUAACUACCUUAUACAAUAGAAUUCAGCCGGGACCGUUAAUUUUGGUCAAUAUAACCGGUAUAUCGUCGUAAACGAUUUUGGCUGUACUUUGUUAUAUUCAAAUUAUUUGACAAUAUUUAUUUCAAGUAAAUAUAAAACGUAAAUUGGCAGUAAAUCGUCAUUCAUACUUUACAUGUAGGCGUAUUUUUUUGCAACCUCGCAAUAUUAAAAUUACAUUUGUAGAUAUAUCUUGUUUUUAAAUUACAAAUAGUGCAAAUAUUGAAUGUGUAAAAAUUUGCUUUGAUUUUUCUCAAUUGCUGUUUCUUAAGUCUUUAAGCAAUGCAAGUAACGCAUAACAGCUAGUAUUUUUUUUAAAUUCUGUUACAAAGUCAGAAACUCAUGUACGUACACAGCCAAAUAUUUGCCAUAAAUACAUUUUAUUUAUCUGUUUUAUUUCAUGAAUGUUAUUAUGUAGAUAUUAUCAAAGUUAAUGUAAUUUCCAAAAUUUCAAACGAAAGGAUUAGCUCUGCAUAUUUGUGGAUAAUAGCAAAUACUAAAAGCAAGAGUAGCAGCCUUUCUCUUUUUCUUGUAAUUUUUCACAGAAAAUUUUUAACGCCUUUGUUAAAAAGUUUCAGUUAGUAUAAUUCGUGAAAAAUACUCAACUACAGUGCCUGGAGCUAUAUUUCAAUUUUUCAACAGUGUUUAACUGUUAUUUGUAAUAAUAUAAUAAUCGUGGCUUUUACUAUUGUUAUAUUUUUCAAAAUUAGGAAUAGUAAUGACGCAACUGCAUAACUAUGUAAUAUAUUAUGAAAGUGUAAUUUUUAUACCAUUUUCAUAUAAAACUCAUGUACCUAAAAUAAGUGUAAAUAUGAUAAGAAUGUUUAAUAUAAUUUUUUCUAUGUGAUUACACUAACCGCUAUGCCAUAUUAUACAGUAUAUUAAUUUGUAUAGAAAUGUAACUUAUGUUACUGUGUUCGGUAUGGAUUGACUUGUGUGCAUAAAACGUGAUAUCUACAAUCUAUGCUUUAUAUAAAUUGUGAAAAAAACUUAGUGACGUAUUAUUUCA